ACCUAAUAACAUUAUUUUAAAGUAGUUCUCGUCAGCGCUUUAUUUUGUGUUUAAGUUGGAAAUGUUCAAUUGUCGUCCCUGAAGAGAGGUUUACAAUAUGUCCUCCAAGACAAUGGUCUUCCUCAAUGAGGUUAUCCCUGCCUGGCGCACAGAUGGAAUCAAAUCAAAAUUUGAGAACAGAGAAAUCAAGCUGUUAUACAGCCAGUACUUCUUCAAGCAGAAGAUGGAAAUGGUUGUCCUCCUUCUCAUCGUCCUCUGUAUCAACUCCCUCCUCUUCAUAGUACUCUAUUUCAUUAACAAGAAGGACUGGACCCACCUCCUCAUUCUGGUGGUGGUUGUGUUUAUAGCUUGCAUCAUAUUGCUAAUAGAACUACUCAACUCCAGAACUAGGAGCACUAAACAUUUGACUCUCAUAUCAUUUAUAAUCUGGCUGCUGCAGUGUGUACUGUUGUUUUCACUAGCAGGGAUCAGGCAGCAGACGUAUAGAACUCCAAGUGACGACGUGGCCCUGGUGGUGUUCAUUACCUUCGUUACGUACACCAUGUUACCACUGCGACUAAUUCACACUGUCAUUCUGGGGGUCAUCUUGGCCAUUGCUCAUGCGGCCACAGUUUACGGUCUGUCUGCAGCUAAAAAUAAAACAGAGGAGGGCAAUGUUGUGCGUCAGUUGUUGGCGAACAUUCUAGUGUACAUAUGUAGCAAUCUCUGCGGACUUUACCACCAUCAUCUAAGUGAGAUUGCGCACAGACGUACUUUCCUAGAAACUAGGGGUUUCAUCAAAAAUCAGCUGGAACUCAGCCAACAGAAAGACCAACAGGAGUCGUUGCUGAACUCUGUAUUACCUGGUUACAUAGCAGAAGAGAUGCUGAAAGACAUCCUGAAGGGUAAUGGUAUGAGACAACAACCCAUGAACCUCCAGUUUCACAAGAUUUACAUCAAGAAACACGAUGAAGUCAGUAUUCUGUUUGCGGACAUAGUGGGUUUCACCAAGAUGGCUUCAGGUUGCACUGCUCAGGAGCUUGUUAAAAUACUGAACACUCUUUUUGGACGAUUUGAUGAUCUAGCUAAGAAGAAUAAGUGUAUGAGGAUUAAGAUACUGGGCGACUGUUACUACUGUGUAUGUGGUGUUCCCAACCCCUCUCCUGAUCACGCCAUAUGCUCUGUUCUCAUGGCCUUCGAUAUGAUCACUUGCAUCAAAGAGGUACGAGACAACACACGAGUAGAGGUGAACAUGAGAGUGGGAAUUAAUACUGGGGGAGUGUUGGGUGGGGUACUGGGUCACAGAAAGUGGCAGUUUGAUGUUUGGAGCGACAGUGUUACUAUUGCUAACCAUAUGGAGAGCGGUGGGCUAUCUGGUCGAGUACACAUCUCGGCGUCUACUCGAGCAUGUCUGCCCUCUGAUAUCCAGUGUGAGCCGGGGCACGGCGAGGACAGAGACAAGUACCUGAAAGAAAAACAGGUCACUACAUACCUGGUCCUUAACCCUGAAUCUUGUGCUGAGCAGGCCGCCGCUCUACAAAAAUACCGGAAGCAGAUAGUUGAAGAGGAAGAGAAAGAGGAAGUAGAGGAAGAGGUUGAGGAAGUGAACGGGAACUUGAACAAUUCCGAACAACAUGAACAGAACAACAAGGGUCACACCAACGGGGCUCUUGUUAAAGGGAAUAAGACCAUGUUCACCAGUAAAGAAGUUCUCACUAAUGGGAACAGCGGCUCAACCGACCCUGAGGAUGAGAUGACAGUACACCAAUACGUUGGGAAGUGGGAGAGUGUGACCCCCUUUGCAGCUAACCAGAGCACAACUAAAACCAAUGAUAAGAAUACUGCUGGUCAGACAGGCAUGGUCAUGUUGCAGGUUGGACUGUUUCCUAUGCACGCCAGUAUAGCAGGACGGAAGGGUCGGAACCAGGUAAUCAACCACCAGCAGAACCUGGACCAAGAAGUAAACGAACACAUGAGAAAACAAGUAGAGGACGGUAGAAGGAAGAGGAAGUGGGAGAAAUCAGAACAUAUCCACCGACUUACUCUUAGAUUCAAAAAAGAAGAAAUGGAGACAGAUUUCCAGCGACUUCCCGACAACAUGUUCAAAUACUACCUAGCUUGUGCAUUUCUCGUCUUCCUAUUUAUUGGCUUUAUCCAGCUAGCCAUUCUCCCGAUCAACCUAUACACUGCUGUCGUCUUCAUUGUAACUCUAGUCGUACUGUCUGUCACAGUUAUAGUCGCUAUGGCAACACCAAAGUUCUGCGAAUGUUUGAAGCAGUUUAGUAGCAUUAUAACUGAGAACCACCGAAUAAGGAUCGCACUAGCAGUCUCAACAACUCUCCUCGUCUAUUUCGUCGCUUUUAUUCAAAUCGCUGGAUGUAAACCGUGUGACAAAACAGCCUCGAACAGUAAAGAGGCAGAUCCUUGUAGAGACCCCUCACAAUAUUGUAUCUAUCCCAUGUAUUUCUACAUCAGUGGAAUGUUGGCAAUGCUGUGCAGCGCAGUAUUCUUAAAGCUGGACUACAUUAUAAAGGCGGUGCUGAUGGUGGUGGCUGUUCUUUCCUAUAAUCUUACUAUGCAUUAUCCAAGAGUAGAAAUCUUCGACUCUUACGACAAAACAAUUAUGUCGGAAAAUGUAUCCUACAUGGUCACUGAUGAAAAGUUUAACGAGGAUAUAAAGUACAUGCUACUGUUGAAGGAGUAUGGAACAGUGUAUCUUAUAAUGCUUGGGAUUGCAUUUAUUAUCUUAGGUCACGAAGUUGAAAGAACAGAUCGAACUGACUUUCUACAAAGAAGCCAUGCAGCUCAGAAAAAAGAUCAAAUGGAGGACUUCAAAACGAACAAUGGAAUUCUUUUAAGAAAUUUGCUACCUGGACACGUUGCUGAACACUUUAUGGGUAGUCAUAAAAUUGGUUAUUACUAUGACGACUACUCAAGUGUUGGUGUAAUGUUCGCCUCUAUUCCUAACUUUUUCGCCGAGUUUUACGCUGAAAAUGACGUAAAUAACAAUGGUCUAGAGUGCAUGAGGGUCUUAAAUGAAAUAAUAGCAGAUUUUGAUGACCUCUUAGAGAAACCCAGAUUUAAUUGCAUUGAGAAGAUUAAAACUAUCGGAGCUACCUACAUGGUAGCCGCUGGUCUCACUCCUAAAGCAGUCUAUGACGGAACUGAUACGGAUCUCGACGUGUAUUUGUGUCACACAUGCGAGUUUGCCUUCGCAAUGCAGGACUGCAUCAAGAGAAUCAACAAGCACUCCUUUAAUAAUUUCCAAUUAAGAAUAGGUAUUAAUCAUGGGUCACUGGUGGCUGGGGUGAUCGGGGCCACGAAGCCGCAGUACGAUAUUUGGGGAAAUACUGUUAAUGUUUCUUCUCGUAUGGAGAGCACGGGCAAAGUCGGCAAAGUUCAGAUUACAGAGGAGAGUUGCUUGUUACUUGAGCCAUACGGGUUCAGAUUCGAGGAACCUCAUUUUGUAGAAGUUAAGGGGAAAGGGACAAUGAAGGCCCGAUUUUUAAUUGACAGAAAAAUUGUAUCUACUUGAUCUAUUUUUUUCAGAUAUUUUAGUGUAUUUUCGUUAUUUGUAUAUUUAAAUAAGUUAUGACUGAGUUACAUUUGCGGUUAAUUUGAUUUCAUUUAUUGUAAAAUACAAUAUCAAUCAUUCAGAUUUCAGCUCGAUUCACAUUAGGAGGGAUUUCUACUUUCAAUAACGAUUUAAGCUAAUUUUGACCCUUAAAUUACCUUUCUAAUAACUUUGAUGAUUUUUAUGAUGAAAUAUUGUUUUGACUUAAAUUCCCCAUGAUAUUCUUGUUUAAACUUCAAGUUCUUGUAUCAGUUGAGGGUUUUAUUAUUGACCAAUAGUAGGGCAGUAAAGCAUGAUUUCAUUCAAUUAUUUCAAUUCAAACAAUUUUUAAUUCAUUUAAAAAAUAUUAUUACGAUUAAUUCAAUGCUUUCAAUAUUUGUAAUUUAAAUUUUGGUUUAAGAGCCACCACCAGAGUAAAAGUAUUUUUUAAACAAAUUAUGCGAUUCACAAAACAGAUUGCGAGGAAAACAUCAAACAUGAGGUUUUUUAUUGGAGCCAUGAAUCGAAUAAGUAGUCAGAAGUAUUGCAAAUUUGACUGAAAUUCCUCCAGAAUUUGAAAUGUCAGAAGAAGGCUAAUGACUCGUUUAGUCGUAUUCAAAAAUUGUUGCAAUCUAAGAUUUCCCCUAAAUUUUGUAUUAAAUAUUAUAGGCAACUGAUAUGAUUUUACCGAGCCGCAAUCUUCCAAUUAGAAUUCUUAAAUUUUUGUCUGUUCUCGAUCAGAACCCCAAAUACAACCAUUCAUAUUUUCUACAAAUUCAUGCGAAAAAGUAUAUGAAAAAAGUUAUGGAAGAGGGACAGAAUAAGCGAUUAUGAAAAUUGCGAAAAUUUGCAGUGAAAUGUACAAUGUACUAAUGUGCACCUCUAUUGUAUAUGGUGGCUUUGUUUGGUUUUAAUAGUGCAGCAACUUACCUAAGAACGUCACAUAUUUAUUUUUUAUUUGAAAUAAUGUGUGUAUUUGUACAACAGUAAAGAUAUGAUCAUUGUAAGUACGAAACAAUAUUCAUUUUUUGUUUAAACAGAUGAAA